AUGAGAACAGUUUGAAAUCCAGUUUCAUUGUACAAGUACAAACAGGGCAAGUAUUUUAGCAAUGUCCGCUUGUCACAUUGUACCCUAUGUCGUCUUAUCUGAAGGAUCGGGAGCAGAAUGAUCAUGGCUCUGUUGGUAAGAACAAUGAAAUAUGUUUAUCAACUCGCAUAUCAAAUAGUUUUCUUACUGGUCUGAUCUGCUAUGAGUCUCUUACUAUACGUAAACAGAACCAAUAUGAAUCAUAUAUCCGUGAGAAAAACAAACUAAUGUUUACGUGAAGUGUAGGUAACUCUGUUUUCAUCUGUUCUUUAGUUCUUUCUUUGCUUGCACGUUUCUAAACCAGAGAGCAAAAGAAGAGAGAUCCUCCUGAAAUUUAGGAGAGACGCCCAUGUAAUUUUAGGUAUAUGUCAAAAGUAGUCAUUACUGUUUCAGGUUCUAAAGGUUUUCUUCAUAGAAACCUCUUCUCCUCUUUAAAUCUCCAUUAAAUGAGACUAGAUUUUUAAAACAUUUCUGAGUUUACUGAAUCCUGCAAACUUUCCUUCCCUUUCCUUUUUACUCAAUCCAGGAUUAUUCUUUGCUUUCCUUGCAAGUAUCGUUUCUCUAACAAACCCUUCCUUUACAUUUUUCUAUUCUUCAUUUCCAGUCUCCAAUAAUGAUCAUCUUAUGCAACAGUCAAGAAGAUUAGAGCAGCAGAAAGAAGAACCUAAAAGUUCUUAAAAUAUCCUGCAACAACCGCUUAAAAGACAAUGCUAGCUUUCUCAAAGAUGGCUAGGUUACCAGGGUUGCUUCAAACUCGAGCUACCGUAUUCUUAAUCAGAAACUACCAUAAACAACCUAUAGAAGUUGUCUGGAAGAAACCAGAACACGGAUGGACAAAGCUAAACUUUGAUGGGUCAAGAAAACAUGGACAAGCCAGCAUCGGAGGAAUAUUCAGGAACCACAAAGGCGAAUUCAUUCUCGGAUACUCAGAACCCAUAGGAGCAGCCACAAGCACCGUGGCAGAAUUUGCAGCACUCAAAAGAGGGCUAGAGCUGGUUCUAGAAAACGGAUGGACUGAUCUAUGGCUAGAAGGAGACGCCAAGAUCAUUAUGGAUAUCAUCUCCAAGAGAGGGAGAUUGAGAUGUCAAGAAGCAAAAAAACAUGUGAACUACAUCAACGUGGUUAUGCCUGGUCUUAGCAACUGCGUUUUGAGCCAUGUUUACAGAGAAGGGAAUCGAGCCGCUGAUAAAUUGGCUAAGUUAGGACAUCAGUUUCAGGAUCCUAAAGUCUGGAGGCUUCAUCCCCCAGACAUAGUCCUACCGAUUAUGCAUGAAGAUGCACGAGGUAAGAUUGUUCUUAGAACAAAAUGAGCCCAAAACGAGUAAAUAAAUUGUGUAUAUAUCAUUCAGAUUUUGUCAAUAACAAGCUAAGAAAUGUAGAUAGUUAAUUCACUUUUGUAACACAUGUAAAUUGCGUAUAUAUGAUUAGAUCUUGUAGAUAGCAAGCUCACGUGUAAAUGUUUUUAAGAAAAAAGAAAUCAGUUCAA